GAGUGAAGUAGAGAGAGCGAGAGAGAGAGGAGAGAGAGUAAGAGAGAGAGAGGGGGGGGGGAUAUCAUUUGCGCGUCCCUCUCCGGUUGCUGCAGAGAGAGGCUGCCGACACACGUCUGCAGGCAAGUGGUCAGGUCGCUGCAUUCGCUAAGGAAUCCAAUCACCCCCCCCCCCCCACCAAAAGAAAAAGUCACAAAGGAUUAACAUCUAUUUUGCUGCUUUUCUACCAAUCCUGUCAUUUUUUUUAUUGUAGUGGAUCUGCGUCGCACCGGGAAGCAACUAAGUGACUUGCGGGAUGAGAGCAGCCUGAGCAAGGUGGCUUGUUUUUUUUUUGGGCUUGUGUGUAUUUUUUCCCCCCCUCCCGCCACACUUUUCCAGUGACUCGAGUGGACAUUUGGCAGCGCAGCGGAAUAACCGCCCCACAGAAGAGAAGAGCUCCCGCGCAGAAAAAAAACGUGAGUGACGAUGAGAACAGCACGCGCUUCGUAUUGCCCCGACUGGCGCCUUUUACGCGGGUGAAAAUUCACCGGGUGCACACCGAGCCUCCUUCUUCUUUUUGAGGCGUCAUUGAAAUUCAUAGAGAAGGACAGACGGGCGAAAAAACUUGCUGCCUUCCACUGCAGUAAGAGCGAUGUAGAAGAAGUCGCGUUCUAUUCCAACAUCCAGACGAUCACAGUGGUUUUUUUGGGGGGGGGUUGUUUUUGGUUUUUUUGCGGUGGUGGACACUUUGACCAAGCAGCAAUGAGGACUACCGGCGCAGUGGACUAUUUCUACUAUUGCGUGCUUAUCCUGCAGUUUGUGCAUCAGCCCGCCGCCAAGCAGGUGCUCCGGUACCGCCUGGCCGAGGAGGGACCGCCGGACGUGCGGGUGGGCAACGUGGCCGCCGACCUGGGCAUCGUGGCGGGCUCCGGCGAGGUGACGUUCACGCUGGAGUCGGGCUCGGAUUUUUUCAAGAUCGACAACAUCACGGGCGAGCUCACCACCAACGAGAGACGGAUCGACCGUGAGAAAUUACAACAGUGCCAGAUGAUAUUCGACGAGAACGAGUGCUUCAUCGAUUUCGAGGUGUCCGUCAUCGGACCGGCCCAGAGUUGGGUGGACCUCUUUGAGGGAAAGGUCAUCAUCUCCGAUAUCAACGACAACACCCCUUCUUUCCCCUCGCCCGUGCUGACGCUGUCGGUGGAGGAAAACAGACCCAUCGGAACCCUCUACCUGCUGCCCACCGCCACCGACCGAGAUUUCGGCCGCAACGGGAUCGAGAGGUACGAGCUGAUCCAGGAUGGCGGCGAGAACCCCCGGCGGCCGGGAGACGCGUACUCGGGCAAGAGGAGAUCGGAGGAGGGCGCGAGCAGGAGCGGCGUUUUUGAGCUGCAAGUGGCCGACACCACCGACGGCGAGAAGCAACCCCAGCUCAUCAUCAAAGGGGCGCUGGACAGGGAGCAGAGAGACUCGUACGAGCUGACGCUGCGCGUGAGGGACGGCGGCGACCCCCCGCGGUCCUCGCAGGCCAUCCUGAGGGUGAUGAUCACCGACGUGAACGACAACAGCCCCCGCUUCGAGAAGAGCGUGUACGAGGCCGACCUGCUGGAGAACAGCUCCCCCGGCGCCCCCAUCCUGCAGCUCAAAGCGGCCGACGCCGACGUGGGGGUCAACGGUCAGAUCGAGUACGUAUUCGGGGCGGCCACCGAGUCGGUGCGCAGGCUGCUGCGGCUGGACGAGAGCACGGGGUGGCUGAGCGUGCUGCACCGCAUCGACCGCGAAGAAGUCAGCCAGCUGAGGUUCACCGUGAUGGCCCGCGAUCGAGGGCAGCCGCCCAAGGUGGACAAGGCCACCGCCGUGCUCAACGUCAAGGACGAGAACGACAACGUCCCCGCCAUCGAGAUACGCAAGAUCGGACGCAUUUUCCUGAAGGACGGCGUGGCCAACGUGGCCGAGGACGUGGUGGUGGACACGCCGGUGGCCCUGGUGCAGGUGUCCGACCGGGACCAGGGCGAGAACGGCGUGGUGACCUGCACGCUGGUCGGCGACGUGCCCUUCCAGCUCAAGCCGGCCAGCGAGAUGGAGGGCGAGCAGAAUAAGAAGAAAUACUUCCUGCACACCUCGGCGCCGCUGGACUACGAAGCCACGCGGGAGUACAACGUGGUCAUCGUGGCGGUGGACUCCGGCAGCCCCAGCCUGGCCAGUAACAACUCGCUUCUGGUCAAAGUGGGCGACGCCAACGACAACGCUCCCGUCUUCAACCUGGACGUGGUGGAGGUGUCCUUCCCGGAGAACAACGCCCCCGGCGAGAGGGUGACGACGCUGGCCGCCAGCGACGCGGACGGCGGGAAGAACGCCGAGAUCAGCUACUCCCUGGACCCCUCCGUCAACGGGAUCUUCUCCGUGGACGCGGACAGCGGCGACGUCCGGGUCAACGCCGUCCUGGACCGGGAGCAAACCGAGCGCUACCAGUUCAAAGUGAUGGCGAGGGACAAAGGCGUCAACGCCUUGCAGGGCUCGGCCACGGUCGUGGUCCUGGUGGCGGACAAGAACGACAACGAGCCCAAGUUCAUGCAAGACGUCUUCACCUUCUACGUCAAAGAGAACCUGGAGCCAAACAGCCCCGUGGGCAUGGUGACCGUCAUGGACGCCGACAAGGGGCGAAACGCCGAGAUGAGUCUCUUCAUCGAGGAGGAGGAGAAGGAGAUCUUUUCCAUCGAGAACGCCACCGGCACCAUUUUCUCCACGCUGUCGUUCGACAGAGAGCACAAGACGGCGUACACCUUCCGCGUGAAGGCCGUGGACGGCGGCGAGCCGCCUCGCUCGGCCACCGCCACCGUCUCGCUGUUCGUCAUGGACGACAACGACAACGCCCCCGGCGUCACCUUCCCCAUCAACAGCUCCUACACCCUCCUGCCGCCCUCCAGCAACGUCCGAACCGUCGUGAGGACCGUGGUGGCCACCGACGCCGACACGGGCGUCAACGCCGACCUCACCUACGGUCUGGUGGGCGGGAACCCCUUCGGGCUUUUCCAGAUCGACGGCGCCACCGGUGUGAUCUCGCUGGUGGCCAAGCUGGAGCAGAAGCACUACGGACUGCACCGGCUGGUGGUCCGGGUCAACGACAGCGGGCAGCCGUCGCAGAGCACCACGGCGCUGGUCCACAUCUACGUCAACGAGACCGUCUCCAACUCCACGGCGGUGGAGGCGCAGGUGGCUAAGAGCCUGAGCACGUCCCUGGACACCAACGUCGCCGGCGACCCCGACUACGACCUGAGCAAGCAGCGGCUGAGCAUCGUCAUCGGCGUGGUCUCGGGAAUGGUGACGGUCAUCGUCAUCAUCCUGGUGGUGGUCACCGCCCGCUACUGCCGCCCCAAGAACAAGAACGGCUACGAGGCCGGCAAGAAGGACCGCGAGGACUUCUUCACGCCGCAGCAACACGACAAGUCCAAGAAGCCCAAGAAGGACAAGCGCAAGCAGAAAUGCAAGCAGCCCCUGUACAGCAGCAUCGUCACGGUGGAGGCGUCCAAACCCAACGGCCAGCGCUACGACGGCGUCAACGAGAAGCUCUCAGACAGCCCCGGAUGCAUGGGCCGCUACCGCUCGGUCAACGGAGGCCCCGGCAGCCCGGACCUGGCCCGCCACUACAAGUCCAGCUCGCCGCUGCCCACCGUCCAGCUCCACCCGCAGUCGCCCACGGCCGGCAAGAAGCACCAGGCGGUCCAGGACCUGCCCCCGGCCAACACCUUCGUCGGCACCGGGGAUAACAUUUCGCUGGGAUCGGACCACUGCUCCGACUACAGCGGUCAGACCGUCAACAAGUACAACAAGCAGCCGUUUCGCCGAGUGACCUUCUCGGUGGUGAGCCAGCCCCAGGACCCUCACCAGCAGGGAUCGCUGCAGAGCUGCUACGACAGCGGCCUGGACGAGUCCGAGACGCCCAGCAGCAAGAGUUCGUCGGGGCCCCGACUGGGCGCCCUGCCCCUGCCCGAGGACAGCUACGAGAGGACCACGCCGGAUGGCAGUGUCGGUGAGGCAGAGCACAUGGAAAAUGACUCGCGGCCUUUGCCUGACGUAGCCAUGACCGGCAAGUGCACCCGGGAAUGCGACGAGUACGGCCACUCGGACUCCUGCUGGAUGCCUGUGCGCACGUCGCCCGAGCGCCGGCCAUCCAAAUCCACCACCACCGCCACCACCGCCACCCCACAGCAACCAAAGCUUUCUACUUUCAUGAGCGGCAACGGCAACGGCGGCGGCGGCGGCGGCGGCGGCGGCGGCGGCGGUAGCAGCCAAGAGCAGCCCGGCAGCCAAGAGACCCUGGCCAUGGCCGCCAUGGCCAACGGAGACCCCGCCGCCGGCCACAUGCUGGGCGACCGCAAUAGCAACCUACUUAGUAAGAAGAUGGCCUCCUCUUCCUCCUCCUACGAUGCCUUCGGCUCGCCGUCUUACGGUUCGCCUCCGUACGGCUCGCCCGGCGGCGGAGGAGAGGAGACGUCGGGCCGCCCCGCCGAGGAGAUCCCAAUGGCGCCCGCCGGGGAGUACAAGCCCAGCUCCUGUGGUACUCUGACGCGGCGGGAGGUGUACCUGUAAGCCGACGCCGCCACCCGGAGGGCCGGAAAUUGUCGGCAAAGAGAACGCAACUACGGUUUACGGCCCUCGUUAUUUUCAACGCCCCCUUUUUGCGCCGGAUGAAGUCGGACUCCAAAGAAGGUGGCCUUUUUUUUUUUUUUUUUUUUAAGCGCUACGACUCGGAUGUCAAUCUGGCGAGUUGGGAUCUUGCAACACGCUAGUUCCAGCCGUAGAUGAAGCGAUUUAUUUGACAGGCGAGCGCAACAGUCCAUGCAUGCAUCCACGUCCAUCACACACACAUUGAGACUAAAAAAAAAAAGGAAAAAAAAAAAAAAAACUUUCUUUUUCUAAAAGACUGGCCAACUUUGCUUGGGAGCAUAUCUUGAGUUGGGAGCGUUCUAUUCUUUUGGAUACCCUGGAUGUUGGCUCCCCCGAUCAUUGGAGCCUUUGCGGACUGGAAGACUUCACGAAAGGAGACGUCGGCAAAGACUGAGCUUUAAAACAUAGCGCAGCCGCGUCUUUUUUUUUUUUUUUUUUUUUUGCGGCAAACUCUUUUGGGGACCAGUCAUGCCGCCGUACGGACGGCGACAUGAAAAAUUGUACAGAACCACUCGGGGGGGUGGGUGGGGCCAUGCUUUUAAGGGGCGGGGCCGAGCCCCCGUCGUGAAGCGCCGCAUCAGACUGCGCACCGUUAGCCAAUUCAUGAUUUUAACAAUAUAUAAGCCAACUGAGUGGACAUGAAAACUGAAUCAUCGAAAAAAAAAAAACGCGCCUUGUGUACGGGCGACGCUGUACGUACAACAACAAUUGCUUCACGAUGGCGUCCUGAUUUACUUCAUCGUGGGAUAGAUUGAGCAAUAAAUAUCAUAAUGUAAACAUUUACCGGCAAUCAAUCAAUCAUGAUAUAUACAUUAAUAUCUAUAUAUCUAUAAAUAGAUCUAUCUAUCUAUAUAGAUAUAGAUAUAAUUUUUUUUUCUUUAACGACUCCUCGUCCUAAUCAGCACGAGAAUGCGGCUCUGCGUAGUCCGUGACAUUUUUUUUUUGGGGUGGGUGGGGGGGCAUGAAUGUAAGAAUCCGCUCAAGCAAACGGGGAAACAAUCAAUUUGACGCUUUGAUCCUUUUUGUGUUGGACGCCAGAAGCUGAACUUCAAACAUUCCACAAGGCGUUUGUCCAUCGAACGAGCGGAGUUGCAAUUUCUGCAUCUUUUUCAUGUGUGUGUGGGGGGGGGGGGGGGGGCUCUUGAUAGUCUUGUAAGUACUACUACCCGUCGUGGGAAAGACAGCGCUCCUUAUACUUAGCAAUUGUACACAUGAAUAUCUACUUUUUUUUUUACUGCACGCUUUAUGGAACUUAUGUCGCUUAACGAGAAGGAAGAAGAAGAAGAAAAAAAAAAAAAGGACAAAACAAAAUGUAUAAAAAGUACCCCUUGUAACAUCGGCUUCCACCUUGUUGCUUGCUGACUUUUGGAACUAAUGAAACAUUCGCCACGUAGUCCAACUUAGUACAUCGGUUCAUCUUUCCACACAAGGGCACUAAAUUCUCCCCCGUGUUUGAACAACCGAUUUUCAUUUCCGCCAUUUUGUUUACGACAGCUGAAAUUGUAGAGAUCAUGAAAUUGUACUCUGUAUUAUGACCUUUUGUUUUUCGGUUUCACUUUGUAUACUGUAUUGUCCUUGGAAGAAAAAAAAAAAAAAGGGAUCGAGUGAAUGCAAAAUUGUGCCUUUUUAUAUACCAGUCGGUAUGAUUCAACGUUGGCUUGGGAUUGGACCCACCGGGGGACACGUUUCCGCACCUUCCUGGAAGUAUUCGCCAGUCGGGUUGUCGGUGAGCUAAACUUGAACUGGGCUUCGGUCCCCGUGUUGAACUUUCCUGGUGUCGCGCAUUGCUGAGCGAUUGGCGGGUUUUCUGUUGCAUAACUCGCUCGUGGGUGUGCGAUCAUAAAAACCAAUGCGUCGCGGGUCCGCUAAUGUCGACGCGCUCGCACCGCAAUUUAUCGACCGCAUCUGAAAUCGGAGCUCCUGCGACAGAUUUGUCCCGCUCGUCGGGCCCGUUGAUUUGGAAACGACUUUAGUGAAAUUUGAGAUAAAUUGACAAGCGAGCGCGAGACAUCGGACGUUCUUUGCAUGAAACAAGCACUAGGAUUGAAUAUAGAGGCGUAGAAUGAUCGGUAGUUGAAAAAAAAAAAACACUUGCUUGGAGACAUUGAAUCGCUCUUAUUUGAAGUGGGGUGGGCAGAUCCAAACGGUCAACGAAGCCUCGAGAAUCCGCCGCAACCUGUAACCAGAUUUGUAAUAUUAAGCAUCGCUAUUUGUCCUGCGACGUGGAUGUUUGACAUAGAAAUGGAGGAAAUGGGACUUUCCCGUCGUGAACUUUGAGUCACUAUGCACGCAAGCUUCGCUGAACAUGGCAACGUGUGUUGAAAGCAAGUCCACUUCUAUUUAUGAGAUAUUUUAUGUAAGUUAAUUUGCUUUUUGUACAGGUUUGUGUAAAUAAAUCGCUUGUCAUUUUUUUUUUGUCCCUGGGAAAAAUUAAAAUAUAAACAUGGUCAACCUUCA